AUGCUCUGUCGCUGUGGAAACCCGGUCAAUCAUUUGCAGACCAAGAAAGGGACCAACGCGGGUAGGUGGUUCUAUACCUGUAGAGCCAACAAAUGCGGAUUCUUUGCUUGGGAUUACAGUAACGCUGCUGACAAGAAAGGGGCCAAGUCCCAGCAGAAUGGUUACAGCAAAAGCAAAAGCGUUAGUAAUAACAGCAAAAGUGACGACAAUACCAAAUCUGAUUCUAAUCGAAGCCGUAAUGGAAACCAAUCCUCAAAAACAAACAUUACAUUCAGUAUAUACGACAAAUCAAGGUUCAUAGUUCGCGGAUACCACGAAAAGCUAAUAGAAUUUUGGCGUAGUAUUCCCAAGUCUAGCUGGAAUCCAAGUAACAAAGGCUGGGUGAUUCCCUUUGAAGACUACGAAUCCAGUCUAAAAAAUUUAAAAAUGCAAAAAAAUCUCAAUAUCGAAAUCAACGAAUUUCCUCCAUACGUUGUAAAGCUUUUUGGUUCUGGCGUUGAUGCUGACGAACGUUAUAAGCAAACCGAAAUCGAAACACAGCGGAAAAUUCGGCGUGAAUUAUGGGAGAGUCUAUUACCCUAUCAAAAAGAAGGUGUCGUUCGAUCAGUGAUGAGGAACGGGAGAAUUUUACUGGGGGAUGAGAUGGGUUUGGGCAAGACGGUACAGGCAUUGGCAGUUUGUUCGUUCUAUCGCGGCGAUUGGCCGGUGCUUGUUGUCUGUCCUGCAACCUUGAGAACCAACUGGCAGAAUGAAAUUAAUAAAUGGUUGGAUGAAACGAACGUUCAGACUGUCUUUCACGCGGCAGACAGCGUUUCGGUACCUACUCCUCAUUUUGUUGUAAUUAGUUACGAUUUGUGCUUACGAUUGGACGAACACUUGCGUGAUAGAUUUCGUAUAAUUAUCUGUGAUGAAGCACAUCAACUGAAGAAUAAAGACUCGCAACGUUCCAAGCUUCUCAUACCUCUUAUCCAAAAGACAAAGCGAGCUUUACUAUUAACGGGCACACCAGCUAUUUCCAGGCCAGUCGAGUUGUUCCCACAGUUGACCGCAUUAGAGAAGAAUGUAUUUCCGGCAUUUCGUCAGUAUGGUGCCAGAUAUUGUAAUGGCUAUAAGGGCCCAUUCGGAUGGGAUUAUACUGGAAGCUCUAAUCUGGAGGAACUCAAUUGGAUGUUAGAACAGACUGUUCUGAUACGACGCAUUAAAAAAGACGUGGAAUUGGAAUUACCCACCAAAGGGCGUCAACUUGUGUGUAUUGAAAUAGACGAAACGUUCAAAAGAGAGUUUAAAAAAUUGAAAGGCUCUUCUGAAUCUCUUCGUCAACAGAUUGUGACUGCAUCUGGAUUGCAACAGAAACGGUUAGUCAGACAAAAAGAAACCCUGAUGACCAAAAUGUAUCUCUUCACGGGCACGGCCAAAAUACCGCCAGUCAUUGAAUAUCUAACUACUCUUUACAAAGAAACUACAAAAAAGUUUCUUGUCUAUGCACAUCACUUAUCGAUACUUGAUGCCAUAGAAGAAGCACUCACAACUGAACUCAAAGCAGACGUUAUUCGCAUAGAUGGCAGCACGGCUGCUCAACAUCGACAGGCACUAUGUGACACAUUUCAAACUGAUCCUCGCAUUCGAGUCGGAAUACUCUCUCUCACAGCCGCUUCCGCCGGUAUCACUCUUACUGCAGCAGAUAUGGUAAUAUUCGCAGAGCUGUACUGGAAUCCUUCUUGUCUUCUCCAGGCUGAAGAUCGUGCUCAUAGGAUAGGAAGAGACGCUCAUGUAGACGUCAAGUAUCUUAUUGCCAAAGACACGGCGGAUGAGAUUUUGUGGCCGUUAAUUCAGGAUAAGUUGAGGGUCGUGGGCAAGAUGUUGGAUAACGAUUUUAUGAAAGUGUCAUUGAAAGAGGGGACUUCGUUUGGGAAGAGGGACCCAUUACUGACUGAUUAUGAGUGGUUGGCGGGAUUGGAAAAGUAUGAGAUUGGAGGAGGAAAGGUUGAAAGUGAAAGUGGUAGCAGGGAUGAUAGCGGAAUUGUUAUCGAGGAUAAUUAUUAUGAGGUAAUUACUGAGGACACUAACGGUUGCAAUAAAAUCGAUACUAGUUAUUACGAUAACGUCUUUAUUGAGGAUAGUGAUGAGUGCGAUAAUAGAGAUGACAGCGUGAAUGCCAUCAAAACCAGUAAUGAGUAUGAUAAGAGGAACGAUGACAUGGAUGUGGUUGAGCAUAGUCAUGCAUAUAGUAGUAGCAUGAAUGAUGGUGUGAAUGUUAUCGUGGAUGAUAAUGGGAAUGCUAAUAAGGAAGAUGAUGUGUGGGGUGUUGGAAAGGACGAGACAAUAUGCGGUGAUGGAAGCAUGGGUAUGGUUCAUCUGAGAUCUAGGCCUUUGGUAUUUGGAGACAUACGCUGA